AUGUCCCGUAUAUUCCCACAGUUACCAGGUGCUGUCCCAGCAGCUUACCAGGUGCUGUCCCAGCAGCGUGAGGAGUUAGAGCAGAAGUACCUGCACCUGCUGCAGAUCGUGGAGAGUGAGAAGACGGCGAAGUGGCAGCUCAUGCAGCAGUGUGAGGAGCAGAGUCUGGAGAUCAGGCGCCUCAAACGGGAGUUAAUCCACCUGCGGAAGGAGCAGCAGUCAGCUGAGGGAAGUACUGAGGAGGAGAGUGACGACAUUAAGAAGAUUAAAAAGGAGUCCAACAAUGGUUCUGGUUCAGGUCGUUUCACGCAGGAUGUGUGUAAGGUUCAGAGCUUCCUGCGAGGCUGGUUAUGUCGGCGGCGGUGGAAGUCCAUCGUGCAGGACUACAUCCGGUCUCCACACGCCGAGAGCAUGCGAAAACGGAACCAGAUCGUGUUCACGAUGGUGGAGUGUGAGGAGGAGUACGUCACGCAGUUGUCCACCCUGGUCACGUGCUUCCUGCGGCCGCUGAAGAUGUCCGCCAGCUCCAAGAAGCCGCCGAUCACGCACGAGGACGUCAACUCCAUCUUCCUCAACAGCGAGACAAUCAUGUUCCUGCACCAGAUCUUCUACCAGGGUCUGCGCGCCCGGAUGGAGAGCUGGCCGACACUGGUGUUGGGAGAUUUGUUCGAUAUGUUACUGCCGAUGCUGAGCAUCUACCAAGAGUACGUGCGCAACCACCACUACAGUCUGCAGGUGAGGAACUGGUACAAACACAUACAAACUGGUAGAUACAAGUAG